CAUCGCCCUAGUGUAUAGAGGUUCCCUAUUCUGUCGCGUUUGUCCCGCUACGCGACGCGAUUAUCGCGACACAACGCGAUAAAUUUGUCGCGCGACUAUCGCUUCAUAACCCUCCACACACAGCGAUAGAUCGAAUUUGAAUCAGAUGUAAACACGCUAAUUUGCAAAGAACCGAUAAAAAAUUAUCGCAAGUUGUCGCACGAUUAUCGCUGACAGCUGCCGACGACAGCUAGCCGUGUGACGUCACAACUGUCACAGGGCAUGUCGGACAACGGCCUAGUUGGUCCACCGGGUCCGCCGGGACUUGGUCUGAACGGCACCUGCCGGUGUAGCGCAUGUCUGCGGCCGAUUGUCGACCGCUGGAUGCUCGGUGUGGGCGAGGCCCUUUUCCACGAGCGCUGUCUCCUCUGUCAGGUGUGUCGUCUGCCGCUGCAUCGAUCCUGCUACGCGCGGCAAGGUGCUUUCUACUGUCGCAACGAUUAUGAUAGGUUAUUCGGUCGCAAAUGUCUCGGAUGCGGCGAUCAAGUUCCCGCGGAAGAACUCGUGAUGAGAGUGGGAUCUUCCGGUCCCGGCUACAGUGCUCUUCCGCCGGGUGCCGACUACAGUACAAGGCCUGACUACACUGGCCCUCCCCAUCACGAGGCAAGGCCCGACUACACUCGCCACGAGGCCGUGUUCCACAUGCGCUGCUUCGUGUGCGUGGUGUGUGGCGGACGUCUGCAGAAGGGCGACCAGUUUGUUGUCAAGCAGGGUCAGCUGUUUUGUCGGGCCGACUACGAGAAGGAGGUGGAGAUGUUGCAGGCGUUUGCUCAAGGGGAGCUGCAGUGCGGUGGCGAUGAUGGUGUGGGGGGCAGAGGUGGACCAGGAGGGGGGGACGGACGCAGGGGGCCGAAGCGACCCCGCACCAUCCUGACCACCCAGCAGCGGCGGGCCUUCAAGGCCUCCUUCGAGUUGAGUCCCAAGCCGUGUCGCAAGGUGCGGGAGGGACUUGCCAAGGACACCGGUCUCAGUGUCAGGAUUGUCCAGGUGUGGUUCCAGAACCAGAGAGCAAAAAUGAAAAAGAUUCAGAAAAAACAGCGAUUGGAUCCGAAGAACAGCGGCAAAGACUCGGAUGGCGCAGAUGACAUCAAGAGUGAGAAGCCAAAAAUGAAGGAGGAAGAAGCGAGUCCAUGCAGCGGUGCGGGGGGCUUCGUGAACGACAGCUGUAGUGACACAGAGGGAGGUCACGGCCUAGAAGGGUCAUUGCACGGGGAGGCCAACUUCAAGGGUCACGAUGACCACUUCUACAAGGACAUGAUCGAUGCCGAACAGCCCAGGCAGUUCUUACACUCUGGUUAGUUUCAAACAAUAUCAAU